UAUUUAAUGUAAUUUGAUGUUUUUAUUUUAAGAUGGUAAUAAAUCAAGACAUAUUUUUUUAUGCAUAUAAAACUUUUCUUUUCUUGUGGAGUACUCGUAUUGGUAUGCUUACAGCAAGUAAUGUUUGGACUGCAGUUAAGUUAUCGACCUCUGCGUUUCGAAAUAAGUUAUGUCCUGAUAGCACAAUAGUUUUAUUUUUUCCUGAUUUAUCAUAUCCAUGUAAAUGGUAUCUUAAUGAUAAGCCUUGUCCAAAUAAAAGCUGCAAGUUUUUGCACAAACCAUCUUCUUUAGGUUACCUUAUGAAUUGUUUAAAUCAGACAAUUUUUUCAAUUGAUGUUUGUAUUUUUGUAAUUACAUCACAAGAUUUGUCUGAAAUUUUAAUAAAGUUGCAUAAAAAAGGUGUUAUAGUUAGAAUUAUUACAGACUAUGAAAAAAUGGAUUUAAACAACUCUCAAAUAGAACAAUUUCGUGCAAAUGGUAUUCAAGUUCGACAUGAUAAAACAUCAUUUCUUAUGCAUCAUAAAUUUGCUAUUAUUGAUGGAAAAACAUUAAUCAAUGGUUCAUUUAAUUGGACUAACCAAGCUAUUACUGGUAAUCAAGAAAAUUUAAUAAUAACAAAUAACCAGCUAUUAAUAAAACCAUUCAAAGAUCAAUUUGAAAAGUUAUGGAUUAUGUAUAAACCUUAAA